UGAAUCAGCACAAACUACAGAUACCCUCAAGCUUUGUCCUCAUGAAGAAUUUCUGAAACUACAGAAAGAAAUGGCUGGAGAGAUCUAUCCAAUAAAGGACAGAAUGGGCCGCACUCGCCUGGCUCUCAUCAUUUGCAACAGAGAGUUUGAUCACCUUCCGGCCAGGGAGGGAGCUGAGCUUGACAUCACAAGGAUGACGGAGCUGCUUGUGGGCCUUGACUACAAUGUGACUGUGGAAGAGAAGCUCACAGCCAAGGACAUGGAGUCAGUGCUGGAGGCAUUUGCUGCUCGCCCAGAGCACAGGUCCUCAGACAGCACAUUCCUAGUGUUUAUGUCUCAUGGCAUCUUGGAUGGAAUCUGUGGGACUCAGCAUAGUGAUGAGAAGCCAGAUGUGCUACCUUAUGACACCAUCUUCCGGAUAUUCAACAACCGAAAUUGCCUCAGUCUCAAGGACAAGCCAAAGGUCAUCAUUGUCCAGGCCUGCCGAGGUGCAAAUCGCGGGGAACUGUGGGUCAGUGACUCUCCAGCACCCAUGGCAGACAACUCUUCACAGUCACCUGAGAUCUUGGAGGACGAUGCUGUUUACAAAGCUCACGUGGAGAAGGACUUCAUUGCUUUCUGCUCCUCAACCCCGCAUAAUGUAUCCUGGAGAGACAGAACUAAGGGUUCUCUCUUCAUUACACAACUAAUCACAUGCUUCCAAAAAUACUCUUGGCAUUGUCACCUAGAGGAAGUAUUUUGAAAGGUACAACUAUCAUUUGAAACACCACAUGUUAGAGCCCAGAUGCCCACCACUGAACGAGUAUCCCUGUCAAGAUAUUUCUACCUAUUUCCUGGCAACUGAAAAGAAAAUGACUGGCAGUCCUGCCUCAUUUAUCAACUUUGAGAAGCAACUUUACUAGUUUGGC